GCGCCGCCCAUUUUCAAACUUCAUCUAUGACGUCCAGCUGGCUGCGGUCCACCGAGUGAAAGAAAAGCAGGGUUAUCCGACACCGACGCUCUCGAUGAAAUCUCGCAGUCUUUGCGCCCAGCCAUUCGCCAACUCGCUAUAAUCGUCCACAGCAAUGGCAAGCAUCGACCGCUAUCGCCCCCCGCGAGAGGGAUAUCAACCGCCAACCCUCGCGGGAUCUGCGCGCCACGAGAGGCCCUCUCGGUCGCCGCCUCGCCGUCGCGAGGUCCCUCCGGCCGCGCCCACGCCUCCCCAGCACAGCGCGCGGACAUCCCCGCCGAGACCGCAAGGCGCGUCCAGCCAGCAGACUCCCUCGCGAUCCGGGGAGGAAACGCCGUUGGCGCUGCCGAAUCAGUGGUUCUUCACUACGGACGAGGUUCUAAGCACACCCUCGAUCAUCGAUGGAAUCCCGCCCGCGGAAGAGAGGCUCAGGAGAGCCAAGGGCAUCAACUUCAUAUACCAGGCUGGUGUGAUGCUCGACCUACCACAGAUCACGCUAUGGGUAGCUGGAGUGUUCUUUCACAGAUUUUACAUGCGUUGCAGCAUGGUUCAGGAGAAGGGAGGCAUUCAUCAUUACAACAUCGCCGCAACCUCCCUGUUCCUGGCAAACAAGACCGAAGAGAACUGCAGAAAGACCAAGGAGAUCAUUAUCGCUGUUGCUCGAGUCGCCCAGAAAAACACAAAAUUAAUUAUUGAUGAGCAGAGCAAGGAGUACUGGCGAUGGAGGGACAGCAUCUUGACCUAUGAGGAGGUGAUGCUGGAACAACUGGCAUUCGACCUGAUGAUUGACAAUCCCUACCGUCAUCUCUUCGAGCUCCUGGGACAGCUGGGGGUCAUCCACAACAAACACCUGCGGCAAGCGGCUUGGGCAUUCUGCAACGACGCGUGCUUGACGGCCUUGCCGCUGUUGAUUGAAGCAAGAGAUGUCGCCAUCAGCUCCAUCUAUUUUGCUUGCGCCCACACGAAUCAGCAGAUCGACGAUAUGAACGGCGAAGCCUGGUGGAAGUUUCUGAAGGGGAGCGAAGAGUGCUGUGCAAAGGCUGUCGAGACGAUGCGUCAGUUUUACACGGAGAAUCCGCUUAGAAAGCAGAACCCGUCGCUGCCAUCGCCCGCGUUCCACCUUGAAAACACCAGACGACGGCAUGAUGCGCUGAACGACACCCAAUCGUCCAACGCCGGAACGCCAAUGGAGCUUGACCGGGAGAGCCAUAGCCCCGGUCCCAAGAUGAACGGAGCGACUGAUCGGCACUCGGAUGUAAGGGACAAGGAACACGGUGGUCCUUCAAAGGCCGUGGGCGACGGCGAUCACGCACCACGGUCUCCCUCCAAGAGAAAAGAUGUAGAGGCGGACCUAUCUGCGGAAAGUGAAAGGGCCGAGAAGAGGGCCAGACUCUCGGAAGACGAAGGCGAGCUGGUCGAAGACUAGGCUUCGGGCACAGGCAUGCGCAGCUUUUCAAGCUUGCCCCAAGGAGCUUUGGCGUUUGGGUAUCUCUACUAACCAUGCUGCUAUCUUUUUCAUUCUUUUUUCUGUAUUACAAUGGAACGACGGAACGGCCCUGGCAAAGGUGAAAAGGUCUUCCCUUUGGACUUGAGGUAAUGCUACGAGCUCAAGGACGGCGUUGGGGGAUUGCUUUCUUUUGUUUUUUUCUCUCAAGAGCUGCUCACAUUGACCUGAUUUGUUGGAUAGAGGCUGCCGCAUAGGCACAAUGGCUUAACUGUGACUUCUUGUGCUGGGAGCUGGGGUUCGCUAUGUUUUUAUUUGCUUUGUUUUCGUUCUCUUGCGGCGGCGGACAGAGCUUGAUAUCCCAGGUAGUAUGCAAAUUGACUCAUUACCAUUUACUCUUGGGCAGCGUGCUUU